AUGAAUUCAUCAUCCAUACAAAGUACGGAUAUAUUUAUACCUGAUUAUAUAUGGCUCGAUAUUUUUAAACAUGUUAGCCCGUUAAAGUUAGCGGUUCUGCGUUGGACCAGUAAACCCUUCAAAAAUAUUAUUGAAGAAAUGAUUGAGAACAACUAUACAUGGAAAAAUUUGUGUUCGACCAAUAGUAUAAAACCCUGGAUUUGGAAGAUCCAAGAAAAACUAUUUUCUUACGUAAAGAAGUACAGUCCAAAGGAAUUGGAUAAAAAUUGGAAGGAUGUUUUACAUUCUUAUGGAUAUUGGCGAGUAUAUUCAAAACGUAGUUUUAAAUUCAUCACUUUUAAUCUUCGCGACAAUUUAGUUAAUUAUAAUCAUAUAACAUGCAGUGACGCAUUUGGUGAUUAUUUUGCUAUUGCUUCUGACCGCGGAGAUAUAUUCUUAUUUACAAUUGAAAAUGACAGAAUAUAUCUACUGCAUACUUUCGCUGGUAAUCAAUAUGAGAUUUAUCGUCAAUUGAAAUUUUGGAAUGCAGGUAAAAUAAAACUUUCAUUCAUGCAAUUUUCAUCAAAAUUAUGUCUAAUCAGAUAUGAGUGUAAUUGUAGCAGACCGACUGCCCAAUUUCAAAACACAGUUGUUACGUCCCGGUUUCCUCACAGGUUUGUAGGUAGCCGCCCGAGAAAAAAUAUUUAUAUAUAAUUAUAUAUAUUUAUAUAUAAAUUGGUUAUAUAUGAUUAUAUAUGAAAAAUGGCCAAAUAUAAUCAUAUCUAAUUAUAUAUAAUUAUGUAUAAUUAUAUUACAUGUACUAAGAAUAAAACUUUCUUAUACAUUUAAUUCAUAGACAACAAUUGCAAUCAAGUACGCAUCCGAGUCGAAAAUAAUCUUUGAUAAUGGUAAUUCGAAAAUUACUGAAAUUAUGGAUCCGAAUUUCGAUUUACCUCCAGGAAAAAUCUACAUACCCAUUCCAGAAGUCGUGAUCAUUAAUGAAGGCCAUGAUCUAUUUGUAGUAGUACUGAACGAUUCCAAUCAAGUUCGUGUCAAACGUCAUUAUUUGUUGGAACUUAUUAAAAGCAAAAUUGUGUCGGUAGUCAUGCAUGUUAAUAUACUGUUUUUGGGAACUUCAUCAGGAAAUGUUUAUUUAUUCGUGAUUAAGAAUAUUCAACAACUUGUAAAUGAAAAUCUAAAUCAAUCACCAGUCACAAAGAUUAUACCAAUUAGCAAUGAACCAAUUCUUUCUUUAGACAUUACUGAAGUUAAGAAAAAGCCAUAUAUAAUUGCAUUUACUAAAUCUAAUUUACAUGUUAUAAAAUAA